GUCCGGGUGGGUGGGGAGGGCGGCCGGACAGGAGAAGAGCGGACUGUUCGCUGCAGAUGCUGCAGUGUUGCUAAACCUCCUCAAAACAUCUGGAUUCACAGCAUCGUACUGAGCCUCCGGAGUGGAUACUUAGAGCGCUCACAACUGCUCGCCUCAAGCAGCACCUGGGACUUUGAGCUUUCUGUGCCGUUUCAUAUUCCAUAUACACAAAUCUGCCCUGAAGAAGACCUGUGUGCCGAUAAUUAACCCCCACCCCCACCCAAAAAAAUGGCCAGACGGAAAGUGGACAUUAAAAACAGGUACUUUAAAAAAAGGUGGGAGGCAGAGUACCUGUUUGUUGAUAUUGAAGAUAAGGCCAUGUGCCUUGUUUGCAGAAAGACUGUGGCUGUGUUUAAAGAAUAUAACAUCAGACGGCACUAUGAGGCCAAACAUCCGGACAAGUACAAAAACUUGAACAUACAGCAGAAGCUAAAGAAAGUGGAAGAGUUGAAAAAGAGUCUGAUGUCGUUUGUAAAAGCAAAAUCGCAGCGUGAAGCUGCUGUGAAAGCUAGUUUUAUUGUGGCCGAAGAGAUAGCUAAAUCAGCCUGGCCGUUUACAGAGGGCGAGUUUUUGAAGCGCUGCAUGCUUAAAGUGUGCGACCUCUUGUGUCCAGACCAAAAGGAAGUAUUUUUGAACUUGAGCCUAAGCAGAAAUACUGUUGCUGACCGGAUAGGUGAGCUUGCCGCUGUUUUACAAGGACAGCUGGUUGAAAAGGGAAAGGGUUUCAUUGCGUAUUCCCUUGCUGUGGACGUGAGCACCGACAUCUUUGACACGGCACAGCUGACACUCUUCAUCCGUGGAGUGGACUCGAGUUUAUGCGUUACAGAGGAAUUUUUGGACGUGAAAUCAAUGCAUGGCCCUACCACAGGAAAAGACAUAUUUGAAGCAGUAUCUAAAUGCGUAAACGACAUGAAACUGCCCUGGGACAAACUUACGGGCCUGACCACAAAUGGAACACCUUCGAUGCGCGGGAGGAAGAGUGGAUUAGUGAGAAGGAUGCGAGAGAAGAUGAAGAGCGAGAAUUGCGCAGGUGAGCUGACCGCAUAUCACUGCAUCAUACAGCAGGAAACGCUCUGCGGCAAAGCCCUGAAGAUGGGACAUAUAAUCAGCACUGUAACACAGACGAUUAACUUUAUAAGAGCCAAUGGUUUACAUCACGGUCAGUUUAAAUCUUUCUUUGAGGAAAUACAUUCUGAACUUGGCGAUCUGCCCUGUCAGGCAGAGGUGCAAUGGCUAAGUCAAGGAAAAGCUCUCCUUCGAUUUUUUGAGUUGCGUAUGGAAAUUUGCCAGUUCGUUGAAAGUAAAGGAAAAGAUUCCACAGUACUGCGGGAUGAAAAGUGGCUGUGCGAAUUAGCUUUCCUGUGCGACGUCACGACGCAUCUCGCUGCGCUAAAGCUUCAGCUUCAGGGACGGGACCUCGUGAUCCCGGACAUGUACAAUGCAGUGAAAGGCUUUCAAGUGAAGCUGCGGCUGUGGGAGACUCAGAUGCAGCAAGGAAACCUGAGUCACUUUCCCUCUUGCCAAACGAUCAUCAGCCAAGUUUCCACCGUUGUGUUCUCACACGCGCAGUUUGCUGAUAAACUGAGCACCCUCCGCGUGGAGUUUACACGUCGCUUUGCGGAGUUGGAAGCGCAGACCUUCAGUUUUGGACUGCUCAGUAACCCGUUUUCAGUCGACGUGAAGGAAGCACCUGCAGACAUCAAGAUGGAGCUGAUAGAACUCCAGGGUAGCAGCACACUUAAGGCAAAGUAUGAUUCUGUAGGGUCCGCACAGUUCCCCAGGUUUAUCCCCGAAACGAUGCCCCAACUCCGCCUGCAAGCUGCUCGAACGCUCUGCAUGUUUGGCAACACGUACCUGUGUGAGAAAGUUUUCUCCGUGAUGAGGGUGAACAAAAACGCACACAGGAGUCUUCUCACUCAUGCGCACCUCCACUCUAUCCUGAGAGUCUCCACAGCUCAAAACCUAACCCUAAACAUGGAUGAACUUGUAGCCAAGAAAAGAUGCCAAGCAUCUAGAUCGGACAAAAAGGGUCAGCCGAUGAAGAUGGCCAGGGUACCCCCUGACUGUGGAGAAGCUCUAUCUGGUCUCUCUGCCGCAACAUCUCUGGGCUCUGUAUCCUUUGAGGACGUGGCUGUGUAUUUCACGGAAGAGGAGUGGGCUCUGCUGGAUUCUAGCCAGAGAGCCUUGCACAGAGAAGUCAUGCUGGAGAAUUCUAGGAAUCUGGCUGCUGUGGGUUACGGGCAGGAGCAUAAGAGCUACCAGGAGCCCAGCUUAGUGCUAUUCCAGUCUGAAGAAAGGAUGCUUCGAAUUCAGAGGGUACUUCAAAGGACUAUGACAAGCUGACUAAAGAAUGGACGGAAGAAAUCUUCU